CGGGACGGGACGGGCGGCCCCGCCAACUGCCGUGGCCCGCGGUACCGGCCGCCUCCUGCCUUCCAGCGUUGCGGCACGGCGGUGCGAGCGGGCGGGCGCCGCUGACGGGACCGUUCUUUAUCUGUGGAUGUGAUAUCUGUUCGUAAGUUUUGUAGAAAUGAAAAUUUAGAAAGGGAUUUGCCAAAUAAAGAAGAUGGGAGCAAAUAGCAGCAGCAUCAGUGAGCUUCCAGAAAAUGAGUACUUAAAAAAAUUAUCAGGAGCAGAGCCCAUCUCCGAGAAUGAUCCGUUCUGGAAUCAGCUGCUGUCUUUUAGCUUUACCACUCCAACAAACAGUGCUGACUUAAAGCUCUUGGAAGAAGCCACAAUCUCAGUCUGCAAGUCUUUAGUUGAGAAGAAUCCUCAAACAGGAAACCUUGGGUCAUUGAUUAAAGUCUUUCUUUCUAGAACCAAAGAGUUAAAAAUUUCAGCAGAAUGUCAGAAUCACCUCUUUAUUUGGCAGGCUCACAAUGCACUGUUUAUUAUUUGCUGUUUGCUGAAAGUAUUCAUCAGUCGAAUGUCAGAAGAGGAGCUGCAACUUCAUUUUACUUAUGAAGACAAAGCACCGGGCUCAUAUGGAACAGACUGUGAAGACCUCAUAGAAGAGUUGCUGUGUUGCCUCAUCCAGCUCAUUGUUGAAAUUCCCCUCUUAGAUAUUACAUACAGCAUUUCCUUGGAAGCUGUGACAACUCUCAUCGUCUUCCUCUCCUGCCAAUUAUUCCACAAAGAAAUUCUACGAGAGAGCAUCAUUCACAAAUACCUGAUGCAUGGUCGAUGUCUCCCAUAUACCAGCAGACUUGUGAAAACUUUACUAUAUAAUUUCAUUAGACAAGAAAGAAGCCCUCCUCCAGGGACCCAUGUCUUUCAGCAGCAAACAGAUGGAGGAGGACUGCUUUACGGAAUUGCAUCUGGGGUGGCAACUGGCCUGUGGACAGUCUUCACGCUAGGUGGGGUGGGGAGUAAAGCAACGCCACAGCUGGAGCAGUGCUCCCCUCUCGCUAACCAGAGUCUGCUGCUUCUGCUGGUCUUGGCUAAUCUGACCGAUGCUCCAGAUACGCCGAAUCCCUACAGGCAGGCUAUUAUGUCCUUCAAGAACACACAAGAUAGCACUGCCUUUUCAUCGUCAAAUCCACACGCUUUCCAGAUUAAUUUUAACAGUUUAUACACAGCUUUGUGUGAGCAGCAGAAAUCAGAUCAAGCGACUCUUCUUUUAUACAUGCUUCUGCAUCAAAACGGCAAUGUACGGACGUAUGUGUUGGCACGAACGGACAUAGAAAAUCUUGUUCUGCCAAUUCUUGAAAUUCUCUAUCACGUUGAAGAAAGGAAUUCACACCAUGUUUAUAUGGCUCUUAUCAUUUUGCUGAUCCUUACAGAGGAUGAUGGCUUCAACCGAUCCAUUCAUGAAGUGAUAUUGAAAAAUAUCACUUGGUAUGCUGAGCGUGUCUUAACAGAGAUCUCACUUGGGAGUCUCCUGAUACUAGUUGUGAUAAGAACCAUCCAGUACAACAUGACACGGACAAGGGACAAAUACCUUCAUACAAAUUGUCUGGCAGCCUUAGCAAAUAUGUCAGCACAGUUCCGCUCACUUCAUCAGUAUGCUGCUCAGAGGAUCAUCAGUUAUACCUGCCGCCACUUGCGGAGAUAUGUAUAUGUCUUGGACAAACUGUAUUUCCCCCACUCUCACUGCUCUACGCUGCAGCAUUGCUUCUCGACCCUCAGUGACAAUGGAGAGGAACUCUUGUCUUUAACUUGUUCUCACAUUCUCAGAUCCUAUGCUUCCAGUUUGUUUUCUUUGUUGUCUAAAAAACACAACAAAGUGCUGGAGCAAGCCACGCAGUCCUUAAGAGGUUCCCUCGGUUCAAAUGACUCUCCGCUUCCUGAUUAUGCACAAGACCUGAAUGUGAUCGAGGAGGUAAUCCGAAUGAUGUUGGAGAUCAUCAACUCCUGCCUGACAAAUUCUCUUCAUCACAACCCAAACUUGGUGUAUGCGCUGCUUUACAAGCGGGAUCUGUUUGAGCAGUUUCGAACUCACCCUUCCUUCCAGGACAUAAUGCAAAAUAUAGAUCUGGUGAUCAGCUUUUUCAGCUCCCGAUUAGAGCAAGCUGGAGCUGAGCUGUCAGUGGAGCGAGUUCUGGAAAUCAUCAAGCAAGGAGCUGUUGCGUUGCCCAAAGACAGGCUAAGAAAGUUCCCUGAGCUGAAGUUCAAGUACGUGGAGGAGGAGCAACCUGAGGAGUUCUUCAUCCCCUACGUUUGGUCCUUGGUCUACAACUCCGCCGUGGCCCUGUACUGGAACCCGCAUGACAUCCAGCUCUUCACUAUGGACUCUGGCUGAAGGAGAUGCCCCAGUCAAGCCAACUCAACGCUGUCUUACAGAAAACGAAACUCUGCACCGCGUGUUAAUACGUGACCCCUUCCAGCGUGCACCCUCUGACCCCAAAGCUUACGGAGAAUGAAGCUUGCCGCUAGUGUACAGUCCAACAUCGAUGUUUUGGAAGCAGAUUGCCACCGACACGCUGGCAACAGACUGUGGUGUGAGGAACUGAUGGCUUGUAGGCAACCUUGUAUUCAUAGUCCUAUAACCUAGAGCUUGUUUGAUGAAAAUGAGGCCUUACACAUGGGGUGUGAUGUUACUACCAACCACAAACCUGAUUGUUCUUUUAACUUAACGGGGUAAAUAAGGAAAGAGUUUGUGAACUUUGAUUUGGAAGCAGCAUUUGUAUUUUCAUUUCUUUAAAGCGAGGCAGCUUCGUUGGGACAAGCUUUCUAUGGUCUGUUGGAUUCUGCCAUGGGUUGCUCGUUACCUAAUCCCGUGCUUUCACUCAAGAGCCCUUCAUUUUGGUGGCACUGUCAAGGCUGCAGUUGUUAAAUUGGUGUCUACACUGUCAUCCGAGUGAACUAAGCAAGCAGCAUACUAAUCAGAUUAGCUCCCAGGCAGAUUCAAAACACUUGAUUUAGAUGUCAAAAUGUUUGUGGGAGGAUUUUCAAUAGCAAGUCUUUUUUUGUUGUUGUUUGACUGGCAAAUACUCUAUAGAGGGCUAGAAACACCAGCUUUCAGAGUCAGGUCCCUUACAGACUUGUUUUACUGUGCUUCUGUGCAAAAGUUGUUCCUGGAAAUUGAACGUGUGGGGAAAAAAAAAAUCUCCAAAGAAAAUAGUUAUAAGAUUGUAAAAUAGACCAAUGUCCUGUAAAACUGUGUGUAAUGGUGACAGUGUGUCCUGGGGAUCCUUGGCAAAGUUCUGUGUUGAAAAUCCCCUGUUUGCUAUUAAAGGUUUUAUGGCAGAAGUAUAAAUUUAUCUGAAUGUAGAAUACUUCUCUUUUAUGUUGUUUUAAAGUGUCCUUUCCUGAUAUACCUGUUUCUGCAGUUGGAAGAACAAAAGAAGUGGCUUGACCUGAUUUUGAAAGAACAUCUCAUUUUUCAAAAUGAGGAUCAUUUCUUCUCUGGGGAGGCUCCUUAUGGUGCCUGUUGCACAUGCGUGCAAACGCUCUAAUCCCACGUGCUGCUAUGUGAAGGACUGUCACCAGUUCAUUGCAUGCCAAAACAUAAAUAUCAAGGAAUUACUUCCUAAACAUACAUGGCAACCCCCUGUAUCCACUGCCUGCUCCAGCAUGUUCUGUCUAUUGACGUGAAGAAUUGGGUGCAUUUGCUUUCAGACAGUCCUUCGAGCGGCUUUAAAUAGAAUUUCUUGCACUCCCCCCCCUUUUUUUUUUUUCCCCUGAAGGAUGCACUAGGUUUGUACUUUCCUUUUAUCUGCUUGUUUAGAGGUGGAAGUCCAUUUGAGUCCUACACAAAUGGAGAUGCUGGCUUAAAAAAAGAAAAAAAUAAAAGCUUUCCAAAUUUAUUUAAAUAUAGCUACAAAGCGGCAUAUACAGCCCAGGAGCAUUUAAGACUUUAAAAUGGCAGAAGCUUUUGAGAAAUGGCAAUAGUAAGACUGGAGAUGCAGUUUUUCGUAGGAAAAUAUGAGAAAUUAAUGAACCAUGACUGAGCUGCACGUAAGUUUAUGCUGUGUUUUGGAUUUAUGGUGGGGGUUUUUUGUCUUUGAGCAAACGUCAAAGGGGAAUAACUCGUCUUGGUUAUUGUAGUGAUUCGUAAUUUUGUCUUUAUUAAAAGACUGAGAGUGUUUGUGAGUCAGCAUGGCUGCCCAGCCUUUGGAAAGGUCAGUCCGAAGAUGCACUUUUAAACGGUGAAUUCUGAAGCUACUGGGAUGGCUCAGUUUUCAUCUGUCUUAACCGCCCGUGAGCACCUGAGCCUGCCCCGAGGUGAGCACCCUCCACCCCGCCGCCUGCAGCAGAAGCGGAGCACUUCAUGAAAGAGGGCUCAGCCAGAGCAGAUGCUUAUCAGCCAGGUGUCAAACGGGAGAGAACCCGAUUUGUCUCUGAAAGGGCUUUUUAUAGAGAAGGGUACAUAAAGCAGCAAUCUGAUAGAAUAGGUCAAACCAGCUGCUGAAUCGAUGUAGGAGUCGCAGAGUAAAUUAUUGCUCGCAGUCCUCUUGUUGUGAUGACAUUGAGUUGAAGUACAGAAGGAACAGGUUUGUUCCGAUCGCAUAAUUUCCUUGUGCAUUUAAUUAAUGUGCAGUGCUCCCAGGGCCCAGCUGGUUUGGAACAGCUGGAGUUACAAUCCAAAGCCGAAACAGCAGAGCCAGACCAAGAUUUAUGCUGAAAUCCAUGCUAGCCCCAUUGGCCCUUCCGAGAGUUUGAACGCUAUGUGGGUCUGGCAGUGUCCUGAUGUCUGCAGUCUGGCACGGUCACAAAUACUCUGUUUUUCUUCAGAUCUGUAAAGUAUCACCUUAGGGAUCCUUUUCAUUACUUUGUGUGAAAGAUUUAUUAUGCGUAAUAAAAAAAAAAUUAAAACAGUAAA